UGUUAACUCAUUGCCUUUGCGUUCACCAGCCACAUUUCAAACUAGAAUGGCGACCGCUGUCUGCGGUCUGCAGUCCACCGGCAGUAACAGUAAACCAGCCAAGACCCACCGAGAGAGCCGGAGGAAAGCCAGGGACUCCCGACGACGGCAGGCGGCUCUGCUGUUCCUCAACAAUAUCUCACUUGACGGACGACCACAGGGUCAACUCUGCGAUGGAAAUAGCGACCGAAAAGCCGCUGAGGAGCUCCGACUCAGGGACAGCGACGGCGGCGCAACGGUCGCGCCCCCGCCGGUGGAUAGCCAAGGGCCGGUCGCCCAGGUGACAGACCCCGCUGCGGCACUUGGCAGCGGCUCCUCCUUCAGUUUUCCUGGGGUGGUCAGUCCUGCCCGACCUUCUUUAGUAACGUCUCCGGGACUGGCCGGGACAAGUGUUGUAGGAGCCAACGAGGUAUUUUUGGAGAGCGGCAGCGCGGUCGAGACGCUAACCCCGGACACCCCUCUGUCUCCGGUCCCCGCCGGACAUCAGCCCUGCUCCCGUGUCAGGUCAACGCCCGCCGCUCUCAGCCCGGUCCCGGCCGGGAAUUCUCUGGAUUCACGGCAGAGGUUGAGGAACGUCUCCGGUUCUCCGGGACCCAAAGUGCCAAAGAAAGUCCACUUCAUCAAGAGUAUGAGGCAGUAUGAUACCAGGGGAUGUAGGAUCAUGCUGAUUUGUGCCAAGCGGUCGCUAUAUGCUGCUUUCUCAGUGCUGCCCUAUGGAGAGAGUGCUCAUCUCAGUGACCCUAAACUGGAGGCUCAGAGACAAAGACUGUCCUCUGUGGGGGCUGCUGACCUGCUUCCUUCCCUGGAAGGCGUGGAGCUGGGCGCGUUUGGCAAGACGGUGUCCUACGCUCAGUUCCUUUAUCCGACCAAUGCCUUGGUGAGACAGAAGAGUGGCGGAGCUCCAGAGAACUGCUCAGCUCAGAUCCCUCAGUCACGUUUCCGUGGCAACGGGCAGAGGAACUUCACCCCUGCUCGUCUAAACAACAGCGUGGCACAGGACCCAUAUAUAGAGGAGGUGGCAGAGUACGACCCCAACCUGCUCAGUGACCCUCAGUGGCCCUGUGGGAGGCACAAGAGGGUUCUUAUAUUUGCUUCAUACGUGACGACUGUGAUUGAGUACGUGAAGCCGUCUGACCUGAAGAAGGACAUGAAUGAGACCUUCAAGGAGAAGUUUCCUCACAUUAAGCUGACCUUGAGCAAGAUAAGAAGUCUGAAGAGGGAGAUGAGGGCCGUGAGCGAGGAGUGCGGCCUCCAGCCGGUCACCAUAGCGAUGGCUUUUGUUUACUUCGAGAAGCUGGUGCUGCAGGGGCGUCUCAACAAGCAGAACAGGAAGCUGGUGGCGGCAGCGUGCGUGCUGCUGGCUGCAAAGAUCAGCAGUGAUCUGCGGAAGCCAGAAGUCAAACAGCUCAUAGAUAAGCUGGAGGAGCGUUUCCGUAUUAACAGACGGGAGCUGAUUCCUCUGGAGUUCCCGGUGCUGGUUGCCUUGGAGAUGGGACUUUACCUCCCCGAGAGCAAGGUCAUGCCGCACUACCGCAGGCUGGUACAGCAGGGCUAGACUGGAGGUGGUUGGACCAGUUUAUAAGCUGUGGUGUUUGAAACAAAUAAUUCUGGUACUAUUUAUUUCCACUGUAAUUGAGCUAGUUUACACUCGUCGGCAGACACUUUAGACUCGUUGGCAUGUGUGCGUCUCUCCGAAUGUCUUUUUGUACGUGUGACGUUCUGAUGUCGAUUCAGUCAUGAGCUCUAUGUUAGAGACAUUCAAUGAGCACGUUAAUUGUGCUUUUACUUUUGCUCCUCAUGACCCAUUUUUAGUACGCCGUAGUAUUCUUAACUUCUAUUUAAAUGAAAUGUACGCUGUGAUGUAUGUGUUUGUGAAAAAACUCACCUGCACCUUACUAUACGUCCUGUAUAGUAUUUAUUGUUACAAAGAACCAUACUGUUGAUUUUUGUAAAUGCCUUUUAAACCCACUGUGACACUGAAGCAUUUUAGCCUUUAGACUGAUACUGUAGAUUAUGGGUGGAAGUCGUGUUUAGAGAAGGAAGUGGCCUUUAAUUUGAUAAUGUUCAUUCAAUAUUUGUAUUGUUUGUCUCACAAUAAUACAGCCAAAUCCGUAUUCGUCUUUGAAUAGUGAGAAAAUAUUUGACUCUCGCGGCAGCUCUGUGGUCUGGCGUUGUUGUUGGUUGCUAAAAUACAACCACUGUAGUGUCACAUGUAAAGAGCCAGCAAAGAAACGGAGGUAUAUUAUUUAUAGUAAAUGAGUUUUCUUUAUGUUUCAUGUCUUUACCCAGGGACAUGUUUUGUAAAAAGCACUGAAAUUUCUUCCUUAAUAGUCCAGCCAGUUGUCACAUUUUUCAGUUCUCAGGAAUUUUGCUUUUGCAUUUCUUUGAGUAGCUCAUUAAAUGUAACCCAAAGAAGUUACUGUAGUCGUCGCCUGUGCUCCAUUGUAAGUCAGCGGAAGGUAACUGAUUUUUGUGUUGUGCUUUGUGACUCUUAAAUACAUGAUUGGAUGUAUGAGUUGCCUCUGCAACUGCCAGACAGUGGUGACUCUUCAGAUUUGGAUGCUAACAGGUGCACAAGCAUGGAAAAAAGUGCCUAAAACCUCAGUGGCAAAGAAAUGGUCAUAUCGUCAGUAAUAUUUAACAUUGACAUUUCUUCGUCUCGCUGCAGUUGAUCUAGAAAUGUUGUUCUUGUCUGGAUAAGAUAAUCAGAAACUUCUUACAGUUGUGCACAUGAUGGUGGUUCAGUUUGUUGUCUGUAUCUGAUGUGGUGACAAAUGUUAUAAAAGUAAACGUCCAAAUAAAUGAUCUGUGUAACAGCAGAAAAUGUAUGGUUGGUGUCAAAAUAGGGCUUUCAGACAGAACAUGACAAUGCCAUCACUGCACUCUGGAACGUAUCAUUUAUGCAGUUUGUAAGCCACAGUUUAAUGUCAACCUUCAAAUGAAUAGAACUUUGACUGCUGAAGGAAAAGCUAAUUAUAUGUGUCUGAUUUCCCUAAAUUUAAUGGCACAAUUUUGUAUUAGGCAUGUUAAUGAUCAAUUACUAGUUGUUGAUUACCAUUAAUAAUUUCACCGAUAAGGCAGAAAACAAGCAACAUGUAUGUCAAAAUAUAUUUUUGAUGUGUUGUAGUUCCUGGUUGCACCACCAGGUGGAGCCUCUUACUAUUUGUCAGGAUGGCGUUACAGGUGUGUUUGCUGACCUUCUGUACAGCCCAUAAAACAAGCACACCUCCCUGCUGACUAAGUUGUGUUGAUAAAUUCAUGUGCAUGAAGUUCUUGUUACUGUUUACCUCUUUAGCUAGCGAGCUGCUAAUGCUAAGCUAGGAUUUUUAAUGCUAACAAACCAGAAGCUGGUUGUCAGUCAGCAGGGAGUAACUGAACUGUUACUACAUGCUUCCAUCAACAUCAGAUUUUAACGUUAAGUUUCUGUGAUUAAAAACUGUUUAAUCAACAUGUGGGAAAACAUCCCUUACAUGUUAUUAUUUUUCAUUGAUUAAUCAGUUAUUGUCAACACGGCUGGUGAGAUGCUAAUGUUGUGUCUGAAAGCCCCAAAAUUAAAGGUAAAUAUGUUAUGUAUUCAUACUGUACUGUACAAUGAAUGUUUUUGAGAUAUAUUUUAAGACACUGAACAGUAAAGAGUUUGAUUUUUCAUUGUUUUUGCAGAUGUUUUCUCUUCAUGGGCACUAAAUAAAAUCUGUAGCAAGAACAGUGAUCAAAAGAGAGCUGUAAGAAAAACACAA